CUAGAUUCUAAUAUCUGCGGCACUUAACCAACAGUGACUCCAUCACCCCUUUGAAGACCCAACCAUAGUCAACGCCACCACAUCAAGUGGUCAAGUUGGUACAGCCUUUUUGACCCUGUGUGAAGCAAUCGCAUCCGCGCGGUCAUUGUCUGAUGGAAGGUUCUACGAAGGUUUCCUUUCUCGAUGGCGACGUGACCCUGAUUUCCUCCGACGGCUCUGAGUUUCGAGUCCAUAAACUCAUCCUCUCUCUUGCAUCUCCAUUCUUCAGUGACAUGUUCAAGUUACCUCGAGGGGAAUCCCGAGGUGCAUUACAAUCUAUUACGAUGAGGGAGGAUGCAAAGACUCUGGAUGCUCUGCUCAAGAUUGUCUAUCCGAUUCAAGCUGAGGAUGUCGACCUCGAGGUGGCAAUCAGUGUUUACCGCGCGGCUGAAAAGUUGCAGAUGCUCAAAGUCUCAUCAGUAAUGCGUCAAUGGUUUCAGUCUAUCUUAGCGACGCUUGAGAACCCGUUGGAAGCAUGGGCGAUCGCUGUGCAGCUAAACCUCCGCCAGUUCUCCAAAGAUGCAGAGAUUCGAUUCAUUAGGGCGAAUACGAAGGACUGCUUCGAUCCCUGGCCGAAUCAUCUAAACGCGAUUUCCGUAGAAAACUACGCAUCCCUGAUCAACAGGAAGGAACGUGUCAUUGAAGAGGCGAGAUCUGGAUUAAUGAAUGCCCUGAAACGAGGCUGCGUGUGUCAGACCUGCGCGAACUUUGCAGACAUCUAUGCCUCGUUGACUCACGGAUUAAACCCAUUUGACCCAGCAUGCACUUCCUUGGUGAUACUACGGCGGUGCUAUGAGCGAGUCAUAUCGCAGAGCCCGUGCAUGAAGUGGAAGAACCGUAUCCCCCCUAAUGAAACCGAUCAGGAGGAAAUGCAAUUGAAGGUUAAAAACGUGUUGUCCUCAGUGGGACUAUCAGCAGAGUCGUAGUAGAUCGAUCGCCUCUCAUAUGGUGCAGUGAGCUGAGAUCAGUCUUGGAUACUUGCUCGGUUGGAUGACGGAGGUUUCAACUGUAUGCCAUAUCCGUAUCAGUACGCAGCGAAAGUGGGUCAAAUGUACAAGAAUGAUUGUCCCGGGAUUCUAUAUAUCAGAACCACGACACGCCUUGUACGUAAAACAUUCCGUUCUACAAGUGUUGG